CCCAAGGUCGCCAGCGGCUUCGAGCGCAAGGGGCGCUCAUGUGCGUUUCCUCGUGUGCCGUCCGUCACGCCAAAGUUCCGUAAAUGUUUUGGUUUUCCAGUAGCCAGAAAGAAGAAGUCGAAUCGCCUUUCUGGUCGACCAGCAGCCUGUUGACGGGACCGUUAGUAGAAGCUUACGAGCAGCUCGAUACGUGGUGCCUCGGUAGCGACCACUUCGAGAGGAGCGUCGCCCAGACGUUGCUCGUCGUAUUCGCCAUCAACGUCGUGCUAAUCCUCUGUGUGUGGCGCAGGUGCGGCGACCAGAUCGCUGACCAGUUUCUCAACCUCGCCACCUCAAGCAGCCAGCUUGAAGAGUUUCAGAAGGAGGCCAGCUCGCUGGAGCUGCCGGAAGAGCACUCGCCUCGGAUCUGAGCGCCUCUAGAUGGCAGCCAUUCGCGACUUCUUCAAGAAGCGAAAGGCCGAAAUCAAGUUCAAGCAGGCUGGCCCUGGCAGACGACUCAAUGCAGAUGACACACCGCCAAUGCAUUCCCCCUCCCCAGGACCGCAACAGAGCCAGCAACGUGGACCUCCGUCGGAAGGCGCACAGCGAGCCGCCGCAGCUGCACUUGCACGCCUUGAGCAGCAACAGGCCAAGACACAUCCGAACUGGUCUGUAGCCGCCAUCAAAUCACAGGCCAAGAAGGAGCUUGAACAGCAGCUGGCUUCAGAAGAGGCGACAAGCAUGCGAAAGCCUACCUCAGCUGUGCUCGAGUCUGGACCACAGGCUGGUGACAAUGCCGUUGUGUUCGGCCACCCGCUUCUGGGGCCUGAGCUGAGGCUGCCAUACGAGGAGCUCCGGUCACGCAUCCGCCAGUUCCUCUACGAGCAGAUGACUGAAGAGCCGGGCCUCACCUCUUGUCUUCUCAUCCACACCUGCAACUCGCCACAGUCCAAGGUUGACGCUGGUGUGGAAACUCUGUGCAAGUAUCUCAGCAACAUAGCAGAUCAUCCAACGGAGGAGAAGUAUCGCCGCAUCCGCCUCAACAACCGGAUAUUCCAGGAGCGGGUGCUGCCACUCGAGGGUGCCCUUGAGUUCCUUCAGGCCGCUGGCUUUGAACGGCGACACGAGGCGGAGCCGUCCUCCGAGGAAUGGCUCGAGUUUCCUUCGGACGGAGACAUUGAGCAGCUGCGCAUCUUGGCUGACGCUCUGUGCUGUGCGAAGCCCUUACGACCUGUCCUGGACCGGUCUCUGCGUGUGCUGCUUCCCCACGAAGCAGCUCAACAGUUGGUGCUUCCCGACUCCUUCUUCAACCUCAGCCCCGAUGAGCUGCUGCGUGAACAGGAAGCCAGGCGUCGUGAAGUGGAGGUGCAGACGACCCUUCGAACUAAGGCCAUGCGUGAGCGUGACGAGAGGCGGGAGCAGAUGAUGUACCGCUACGCGCUCAUUCGGAUCCGGCUGCCUUCGGGCCUUUUGUUACAGGGGACGUUUUCUGUGCACGAGCCGCUUGCUGCCGUGCGAGAGUUCCUCCUGGACAACAUGGAAGAAGCCAAGAGCCAGUGUACACUCAUGUCACCAUCCGGCCACACGUUGGACGACUCCAAGGCCACCCUGCUCGAGCUGAAGCUUGUGCCGGCCGUAGUGUUGACCGCAUCAUGGGGCCAGGCAAAACCGCCUGAUCUCCUCCCGGACCUGAAGGCAUUGGUGCAGCCACUGUAGCCGCCGCUAAUUACUCUCCAGCCCAGAAGACAAAAAUUGUAUUGCUACGUUCUAUCAUAAAAAUAACAAAAUUCGGGGCACAAGAAAAUUUUGGUUCGUUGUGUGGAAUGUCUUAACCUUCCCCCUCUUCUUUCUGCUGUUUUCUGGCACUGACAAUUGCACUAUGUGCAGCUGAGCAUAAAGGGAAUAAAACAUACUUGUUCUACAC